AUGGCGGCCAUUCCAACUAUAAAGAAGCUUGACAAAGCUGUUGUUAACCGCAUUGCAGCUGGGGAAGUAAUUCAAAGACCUGCAAAUGCACUGAAAGAAAUGAUAGAGAACUCACUAGAUGCAAAGUCUUCAUCUAUAACGGUGACGGUAAAGUCUGGAGGCUUAAAACUUCUUCAGAUACAAGACAACGGAUGUGGAAUCAGGAAAGACGAUAUGGGUAUCGUCUGUGAACGUUUCACUACGAGCAAGCUAACGAAAUUUGAAGAUCUCAGCUCUAUCGCAACCUAUGGGUUUCGGGGGGAAGCGUUAGCGAGUAUAAGCCACGUAGCUCACGUUACUAUCACCACAAGAACUGCACAAUCCAGCUGCGCUUACAAAGCGUCUUAUUCAGAUGGGAAACUUGUGCCAGCACGACCCGGUAUGUCUACAGAUCCUAAGCCAUGUGCUGGCAACAAAGGCACCCAGAUCACUGUAGAGGACUUAUUUUACAACGUGUCAACGCGAAGAAAGGCGUUGAAAAGCCCCGGUGAAGAAUUCGCGAAGAUAGCUGAUGUGGUCAGCAAGUAUGCUAUACACAAUUCCGGAGUCGCAUUCACUUUGAAGAAACAGGGAGAGAACAUGGCAGUUGUGAGAACUGCUACUGGUGCGUCAAUUUUGGACAACAUUCGUACAAUUUACGGAACAACGGUUGCGAGAGAGCUAUUAGAAGUGAACUGUGAAAACCAAAGAUAUGCUUUUAAAAUGCACGGUUACAUUUCCAACGCAAAUUAUUCAGUCAAGAAGCUGCAGUUCCUGUUGUUUAUUAAUCAUCGCCUUGUUGAUUCCUCAGCAAUGAGAAAAGCCAUAGAAUCAUUGUAUGAAGCUUAUCUUCCUAAGAACAGUCAUCCAUUUGUGUAUCUAUCUCUGGAAAUCUCACCCAGUAAUGUUGAUGUUAAUGUUCAUCCCACCAAACAUGAAGUACAUUUCUUGCAUGAAGACUCCAUCAUUGAAGCAAUACAACAAACAUUUGAAGAGAAGUUACUGGGGGCUAAUUCAUCAAGGACAUACUUCACUCAAACUCUUCUUCCUGGUAUCCCUGUGACAGACACAUCUGCAGUUACAUCUGUUGAGGGAGAAAAAUCAAAUGGGGCAAAAGUUUAUGCUCAUCAGAUGGUGAGAACUGAUAGCAGAGAACAGACUCUGCAUGCAUUCCUGCCUCCUAAAGAUCGUCCUGUCAAAUCAAAUGAAUCUAACAGCAAAUCUCAGCUCUCCAGUGGUACUAUUAAACACAAAGCUGCUGCUAUGAACCAGAAUCCAUCUUCAACUAUUAUAAACCUUGAUGAGGAAAGCUCUACUUCCAAAUCAUUUGAUGAGGACUUCUCUGAGCAGCUUGCAGGCUCAAAAAAGCCAAGAUUGGAAGAAGGCUCUGGAAACGCAAGAAGUACGAGCAGUUCAGGAAUUUACCGAGAAAUUAACCUGAUCAGUGUUCUGAAUUUGCGGAAAAUUAUUGAUCAGUCUGAACACAAGGGAAUGAAGGAGCUUUUUGAGGACCACAAAUUUGUUGGCUGCAUCAACAAGUCACUGGCUCUUGUUCAACACAGUACAAAACUGUACCUUGCCAACAUCACAACCCUCAGCAAGGAACUUUUUUACCAAAUAAUCCUCUUUAAAUUUGGCAACUUUGAUUUUCUACGUCUGUCAGAGCCAGCGCCAGUGCUUGAUCUUGCACUUUUGGCUUUAGAUUUCGAGGAGAGUGGUUGGACUGAGAAAGAUGGCCCCAAAGAUGAGCUAGCAACCAACAUUGUUAACUUACUGAAGGAGAAGAGAACCAUGUUGUUGGACUAUUUUUCUUUGGAAAUAGACAGUGAGGGUAAUUUGUUGACAUUGCCUGUUCUGUUGGAUGGUUAUGUGCCAAAUUUGAAUGGACUUCCCAUGUUUGUUCUUCGUCUGGCUAAAGAGGUGGACUGGGACAGUGAAGAGCCCUGUUUUCGAAGCUUUGCACAGGAGUGUAGCAGAUUCUAUGCAUUUAAACCAGACCCUUUUCAGACUGACAACAACAUAUGUGAAGAUGAUGAUGAUGAUGAGGGAAGUGAUGCUGCCAUGGCAAAACCAUCAUCCUCAUGUCAUUCAUGGCAGUGGACUGUGGAACAUGUGUUGUUUCCUGCUUUUCGUACCGGUCUUAUGCCUCCCUCUCGUUUUUCAGAGGAUGGAACUCUGCUUCAAAUAGCCAAUUUGCCAGACUUAUACAAGGUGUUUGAGAGGUGUUAAUGCAUGAUUAAGUUAAUGAUUAAGAUCAGCAUGUGACAAAAGUCUUUGGUAGUUUGUUACUUAUUGUAAUGAUUUGUUUGGGUUAGGAGAUAAACCAUUCUAGAAUGAAAGAUUUCACAGCAUAGAGAAAUUUUCAGUGGAGUGUUGAAAGUAAUCUGGGAUUACUUUGUUUUGAUUGCUCUGUGAUUCAUCCAGAAAUGUUGUGUCUUUCUCUCAACCAAUCAGAUGCAAAACUAAAACCAAUUUAGAUUAGGUUGCUGGCAUUUCCUGUACUCAAGGCAGUUCUACAUCAAGGUCUCAUUGGCUUUUUUUGGGUAUUUCUCCUUUGUUCUGAUUGGCUGUUGUGAUUGCUUUGGUUUUGGUUCUACAGUUAAACCUUGAUUAUCGGGACUCGUUGGGACUUAAAUAGUUGGGACUCAAAUAAUUGAAGUCAGGAUAAUUGAGGUCCAGAUAAUCAAGGUUAAACUAUACAACAUUCAAUCAAAAAGUGCUCUAAUUAGCACUUCAAUUCUUCCUGCUGUAAGGACAUUUUGGUUUGAAUUGUUUGCCAAAUGUUUAUCAAAAAUCCUAAUUGUUUUGGCAUAUUGAGCAAGUAUUCAUCAGUAAUACCUAUUUCUUCCUGACUGAUCAUUUAGUUACAGGUUUUGUAAAUUUCAUUCCCAACCUUCUUAUAUUUCACUACUAUUAUUUUCAUCUCAGCUUAGUUUUGUGACAGAAGAAGGUGCUCCAACUGGGAGAAAACUUCAGUACCAAUGCUUUAAAGCAUCACAUUUUUGCAAGUUUCAUGCAUAAAGAAAUAACAUAUCAAUCAAGCAGAAUGUUCUUUUUACCAAACGUUUACCACCUUGAAGGUUGAUUAAAGAUCUUGAUGUUCAGUACAUCUUUAAGAAAAUUAAAACUGACUCACUCAA